ACGUCCACUUUGUCAGGGAGCGCAUUAGGACAAUAUACCCGUUAAAGCGAGGUGGCCGCUCUCAGGUUUCUCUCUGUUUUCAACACAUUUUCUAAUCGAGGACUAGUAAGUUUAAUGCAAGAGCUUAAAAAAAAUUAUAGUUUUCUAUCUAGCUACUAUAUAAGCAACGGAGUAAGGAGAAAAUAGUAACGAGGCACGCGAUACGUAAUCAUCUUUUUAAUAACGUCAGCUGAGUGGUGCAACUGCAUCGUGAUAUAAACUAGAAAUGGCUAAGAGAUCACAACCAGCUUGGCAUCUGCCAGAAAGGAAAGAUACUAGUGUGCUACGGUUAUACAAUAGUUUGACUAGAGAAAAAGAAGUAUUUGUCCCACAAUUUGGAAAUCGUGUUCUGUGGUAUUGUUGCGGACCUACCGUAUAUGAUGCAUCACAUAUGGGCCAUGCAAGAUCAUAUAUAUCUUUUGAUAUUUUACGUCGUAUAUUGUCAGAUUAUUUUGGAUAUGAUGUUUUAUACGUUAUGAAUAUUACUGAUAUAGAUGAUAAAAUUAUAAAAAGAGCAAGACAAAAUUACUUGUAUGAAGACUAUGUAAAACAAAAUCAUAGUCUUGAUUACAUGUUGCACGAUAUGGAAGCAGUAAUAUGUACUGUUGAUGGAACUGUAAGAACUACAACUGACCCUGAUAAAAAAUGUAUGAUAGAAAAGAUGCUAUAUAAAAUAACAAAAGCUAUUGAAGAUCUGGAAAAAGCAGUUAAAGGAAAAGAUAAAGAUCAAAUUGCACUUUAUCAAAAAGAAUUUCUGGAAGAAAUUAAAGAUCCUUUAGCUACCUGGUUAGAUAAGAAAUAUGGCAAAGAUGUUACAGAGCAUUCAAUAUUUACUAAAUUAUCUAAAGAUUGGGAAUCAGAAUUUCAUAAAGAUAUGGAUGCUUUAAAUGUAUUAAGACCAAAUGUACUGACAAGAGUUAGUGAAUAUAUCCCUGAGAUAAUAGCAUUUGUACAAAAAGUAAUAGAUAAUGGAUUUGCCUAUGAAAGUAAUGGAUCAGUAUACUUUGAUGUAGGCAAGUUUGAUAAACAGGAAAAACAUUCCUAUGCUAAACUUGUACCAGAAGCAUAUGGUGAUACGUCAAGUUUACAAGAGGGAGAGGGUGAUUUGAGCGUUACCGAAGAUAGACUCUCUGAGAAGAGAUCAGUGACAGACUUUGCACUUUGGAAGAGUUCAAAAACAGGUGAACCAUGGUGGGACAGCCCUUGGGGCAAAGGACGGCCUGGAUGGCAUAUUGAGUGCUCGGUCAUGGCUUCUGCGAUUUGCGGAGAGAGCUUAGAUAUUCAUACAGGCGGUGUAGAUCUUAAAUUUCCUCAUCACGAUAAUGAAAUUGCACAAGCGGAAGCGUAUUUUGAUAAUUCAAACUGGGUCAAAUAUUUCUUGCACUCUGGUCACUUGACUAUAGCCGGCUGUAAAAUGUCAAAAUCAUUAAAAAAUUUUGUAACUAUACAAGAUGCUUUAAAGAAGUAUUCGUCGAGACAACUCAGACUUGCAUUUCUUUUGCAUUCAUGGAAAGACACUUUAGAUUAUAGCGAUAAUACUAUGAAUAUAGCUGUACAAUAUGAAAAGUUCCUUAACGAAUUCUUUUUAAACAUAAAAUGUAAAAUUAGAUGUUUGGGAACGAAAACUACUAUUGAUAGUUUUAUUAAAUGGUUUAAUCCAGAAAUAGAACUCAAUAAGAACUUUCAUCUUGCUAAGCAUUCCAUACAUAAAGCAUUAUGUGAUAAUAUCGAUACAAGAACUGUUCUCGAAAUAAUACGAGAACUUGUCACGAAUUGCAAUGUGUACAUGAGUCAAAAUAAAAAUCCAAAUACUCUUCUCCUUAGGGAUAUUGCUGCAUAUAUUACAAAAAUGUUUAUUAUUUUUGGGACUAUUUCUUCUUCAUACGAGUCGAUCGGAUUUCCAAUUGAUGAUGAGAUAGUUGGUAUAAAUGUUGAAGAGACUAUUAUGCCAUAUUUGGAAAUUUUGGCUAAUUUCCGGCAGAAAGUUCGAAAUUGCGCGAAAAUUUUGAAAGCGAAUGAUAUUUUGCAAGAAUGCGAUAUAUUGCGCGACGAUAUCUUGCCGAACGUUGGAGUGCGGUUGGAAGAUAUUAAUGAAGAGGACUGUAAAAGUAAAGUAAAAUUAGUUAACAGAGAAGAGUUGUUAAAGGAGAAAGAAAUUAAGAAGAAAUUGGAACUCGAGAAAAACGUGGAAAAAGAAAAGAAAAAAGCAGAGGCUGCUGCUACUGCAGCGGCGAAAGAAGCACAGAAAAAAAUAUCACCGAAUGAUAUGUUUAGAUUGGAAAAAGACAAAUAUUCUCAGUUUGACGAUGAGGGAUUGCCAACACACGAUGCUGAAGGUAAAGAGCUAAGCAAAGGUUUGCUUAAGAAAUUGCAAAAGUUACAACAAGCACAGCAAAAACGGUAUAAUGAAUAUUUAGUGUCAAUGCAGAAUGGUUGCUUAUAAUAUUUUAUAUGCGAGAAUCAAUUUAGUUAUGAAUUUGAAUUGUGCAGAAUAUUUAAUUUAUAUCUCGAAAAUACA